GCCUAACAUGUUGUGUGCCUGCUCUGUUCCCUCCCUGUAAUGUCCUGCAGGUAACUGAAUGCCUGCAGAGUGGAUCUUGGCUCGGUUGGCAUGCUUGGAUGCACAGCAGUUCUUCCCAUAGCUUCUUUUCGUCUGCCCCAUUGCAAGAAGAUGGCAAAAGCCAACAUUACCAGAGACAUCAUCCACAGACAGAUCAAGGAGAGAGGUGCACUGGGCUUUGAGCGACACUACCAUGUCACCGAUCCCUUCAUUCGCCGCCUGGGCCUGGAGGCAGAGCUGCAGGGUCACUCUGGGUGUGUCAACUGUCUAGAAUGGAAUGAAAAAGGAGACUUGUUGGCCUCUGGCUCUGAUGACCAGCAUACCAUUGUCUGGGAUCCUCUGCACCACAAGAAACUCCUUUCUAUGCACACAGGACAUACUGCAAACAUCUUUUCUGUCAAGUUCUUGCCGCAUUCUGGGGAUCGGAUCCUCAUCACAGGAGCUGCAGAUUCCAAGGUGCACGUGCAUGACUUGACUGUCAAAGAGACCAUCCACAUGUUUGGAGAUCAUACCAACAGAGUGAAGCGGAUUGCCACGGCUCCCAUGUGGCCCAACACCUUCUGGAGUGCAGCAGAAGACGGGUUGAUCAGACAGUAUGAUCUGCGAGAGAACAGCAAACGUUCUGAAGUCCUGAUAGACCUGACUGAGUACUGUGGGCAGCUGGUGGAGGCCAAAUGCCUGACAGUGAAUCCUCAGGAUAACAACUACCUGGCAGUGGGGGCCAGUGGGCCCUUCGUGCGGCUCUACGACAUCCGCAUGAUCCACAACCACAGAAAAAGCAUGAAGCAGAGUCCUUCAGCUGGAGUACACACGUUCUGUGACCGACAGAAACCCCUCCCGGAUGGUGCAGCACAGUACUACGUGGCAGGGCACCUUCCAGUGAAGCUUCCUGACUACAACAACCGGCUGAGGGUUCUGGUGGCCACAUAUGUCACCUUCAGUCCUGAUGGCACUGAGCUCUUGGUCAACAUGGGAGGGGAACAGGUCUAUCUGUUUGAUCUGACAUACAAACAGCGACCAUACACUUUUCUCCUCCCAAAGAAGUGCCACACUUCAGGAGAAGUGCAGAAUGGAAAAACCUCUACCAAUGGAGUGUCGAAUGGCAUCCCCCUCCACAGCAACGGCUUCCGCCUGUCCGAGGGCAGAGCACACGUGAGUCCCCAAGUGGAUUUACCUCCAUACCUGGAGCGGAUCAAGCAGCAAGCCAACGAGGCCUUUGCCUGCCAGCUCUGGACUCAGGCCAUCCAGCUCUACAGCAAAGCAGUGCAGAAAGCCCCCAACAAUGCCAUGCUGUAUGGGAACAGAGCUGCUGCCUACAUGAAGCGCAAGUGGGAUGGGGACCAUUACGAUGCUCUAAGAGACUGUUUGAAGGCCAUAUCCUUAAAUCCGUGUCACCUGAAGGCACAUUUCCGCCUGGCUCGCUGUCUCUUUGAACUCAAGUACGUGGCAGAAGCACUGGAGUGUCUGGAUGACUUUAAAGGGAAGUUUCCAGAACAAGCACACAGCAGUGCCUGCGAUGCGCUGGACAGGGAUAUCAAUGCAGCUCUCUUCUCCAAGAGUGACAACGGUGAGUCUGAAGACAAGAAGGGGGGUGGCCCCAUCCGGCUGCGAGCCACAGGCCGCAAGGAUUCCAUCUCUGAGGACGAGAUGGUGCUGAGGGAGCGCAGCUACGACUACAAAUUCCGAUACUGUGGCCACUGUAACACCACUACAGACAUCAAAGAGGCCAAUUUCUUUGGCAGCAAUGCACAGUACAUAGUGAGUGGGUCGGACGACGGCUCCUUCUUCAUCUGGGAGAAGGAAACCACCAACCUUGUCAGAGUAUUGCAGGGAGAUGAGUCCAUUGUGAACUGUCUCCAGCCUCAUCCCAGCUACUGCUUCCUGGCUACCAGUGGCAUUGACCCUGUUGUACGACUGUGGAACCCCAGGCCAGAGAGUGAGACCCUCAACGGCCGCGUGGUGGUGGACAUGGAAGGUGCUUCCCAAGCCAACCAGAGACGAAUGAACGCAGACCCACUGGAGGUGAUGUUGCUGAACAUGGGGUACCGGAUCACAGGACUGACCAGUGGUGGGGCUGGAGGCUCAGAUGAUGAAGACAGCUCAGAGGGGCAAGUCCAGUGCCGGCCCAGCUAAAACAGAACUGCCUCUCCUUCCUCUAAUUGUUUGGCUGAAAGGGAACCUAGUUUCCUUGGUCCUGAACUUCCUCUGAUGAAUGACUGCACUGUUUCGCACUAUGCACAGAGUAGGACAAGCUGGCAGGGGCAGGAGCGGCCGUGUCUGUAAACCAUCACCUCCUCCUCCUCCUCCACAGCAUGGCAGUGCAGUCCAGGGUUUGCCUUUAGUGGAAUUUAGUCCCAACAGGGGUCUUUGAGUUGUCUGUGAGCAGUGUAACUGGUGAUUAUUUUUCCAGAGCUGCUGUGUGAUCUGGUACAGGGGGGGACAUUGCCUGCAUUGCAGAGGGGAUGCUAAAUUCCUGAAUAAAAUACAAACCUAGGGCAGGGGUUAUGGAAUGAA